AUGUGUCAUACGUGCGGAGGCUGCGAGGAGAAGAGCUGUCAGGAGAAAGCAGCCUCGUUUGAAGGGGAGGAGGCGGCGGGGAAAGGACGCUUACGAACACAGGGUCACCAAAAAAACCCGCGGUGCUCACCGGCUGCAAGCCCCGGUUCAACCCUCAGGCCCGGCUUCCCCCGCAGACCGGGCUCAGCCCCCCGGAGCUGCCCCGGCCCCCGCGGCGCCGCUCCCAGCCGCCAUCGGGCAGCGGAAAUCCCCCACAGCCCGGCCCGGCGGCGCAGAGCGGCUCUGCCGGCCGCGGCCCCCGACCCCAAGGGCUCCCCGAGCAGCCCCUCGGCCCUCUGGCGGGGCGCCCCACCCCGCCCCAGCUCCCACCACCUUCCCCCCCUUCCUCCGCGGCCGCGUCUCCACCUCACCCCUCCGCGACGUCCCACGCACACGCAGGCCAAGGGCCCCCUGCGGCCCCCGCGGGCCGGACCCGCACCCCGAGGCCGGGAGACAAUGAGCAGCCACAACUCACCAGCAGCGCCGGAGCUCCGUGGGUCCGGGGGCGGUUCCUCUCCCCCUUCUCCUUCCCCUCCUCCUCCGCCCAGGAGCGGUAUCCGGCCGCCGGGAGCCGAGCCCCCCCUCCUUCCUUCGCUGCCCCGAGAGCCGCCGCCUCCGCCGGGCCGCCGGCCGCGCUCCCUCCCCGAGGAAAGUCACUUUAUUCCCCGCUCCAACAUGGCUGCUCCCCCCGCCGCCGCCGCCGCCGCAGCCUUCGCCCUGCCGCGGCUCCCCGCCGCCGCCGAAGAGCGGCCGCAGGCCGUGCUCGGGAGCCGCCCGGCCGGCCGCUGGCGGUGCCGAGAGCGGCCCGGGUGGCCUCGCGUCAGCCGGGCCGGGCCGCGGGGGGUGCGCAGGGAAGGGGGGAGCCGAGCCGGGCUGCGCGUCUCCGCUGCGGACUGA